GUAGGUGGAGGUUGUGGCAUGGCCUCUCACAAGUUGAGAGGACUGGGUACUACUGUUGGUGUUUUUUUUUAAUAAUUUUUUUUUUAAAGGAGAGCACUUGAAUUUCUUUAGAGACUCUCUGAAUUGCCUGGGGCCUUGAACCAAUGAAAGAAGCAUAUGGAACUUACAAAGAUAAAUGUCACUCCUCCCUUUGUAAUUGGAGCUUCUGCUUAGGACCAGUAUAUGACUUUUCACCUGUGAUCCAUUCUUUCAGUAGCCGCUGACUUUAAGUUACAGAAAGGUCUCUGAAGAUUUGUAUCAAAUGACGUCAAUGGCCAGCUUGUUUUCUUUUACUAGUCCAGCAGUAAAGCGAUUGUUGGGCUGGAAACAGGGAGAUGAGGAGGAAAAAUGGGCAGAAAAGGCAGUCGAUGCUUUGGUGAAAAAGCUAAAAAAGAAAAAGGGUGCCAUGGAGGAACUGGAGAAGGCUUUGAGCAGUCCAGGACAGCCAAGCAAAUGUGUCACUAUUCCUAGAUCCUUAGAUGGACGCCUGCAGGUUUCUCACAGAAAAGGCUUACCCCACGUUAUAUAUUGUCGUGUUUGGCGCUGGCCUGAUCUACAGAGUCAUCAUGAGCUAAAGCCAUUGGAUAUUUGUGAAUUUCCUUUUGGAUCUAAGCAAAAAGAAGUUUGUAUCAACCCAUACCACUAUAAGAGAGUGGAGAGUCCAGUCUUACCUCCAGUGUUAGUGCCUCGUCAUAAUGAAUUCAAUCCACAACACAGUCUUCUGGUUCAGUUUAGGAACCUGAGCCACAAUGAACCGCACAUGCCACAAAAUGCCACGUUUCCAGAUUCUUUCCACCAGCCCAACAACACUCCUUUUCCCUUAUCUCCAAAUAGCCCCUACCCACCCUCCCCUGCCAGCAGCACGUAUCCUAACUCCCCUGCAAGUUCUGGACCAGGAAGUCCAUUUCAGCUUCCAGCUGAUACUCCUCCCCCUGCCUAUAUGCCUCCUGAUGAUCAGAUGGGUCAAGAUAAUUCCCAGCCGAUGGAUACAAGUAAUAAUAUGAUUCCUCAGAUUAUGCCUAGUAUAUCCAGCAGAGAUGUUCAGCCUGUCGCUUAUGAAGAACCCAAACAUUGGUGUUCGAUUGUCUACUACGAAUUAAAUAAUCGUGUUGGGGAAGCUUUUCACGCAUCUUCUACUAGUGUGUUAGUAGAUGGAUUCACAGAUCCUUCAAAUAACAAAAGUAGAUUCUGCUUGGGGUUGUUGUCAAAUGUUAAUCGUAAUUCUACAAUUGAAAAUACUAGGCGACAUAUUGGAAAAGGUGUUCAUCUGUACUACGUUGGCGGUGAGGUGUAUGCGGAGUGCCUCAGUGACAGCAGCAUAUUUGUACAGAGUAGGAACUGCAACUUUCAUCAUGGCUUUCAUCCCACCACUGUCUGUAAGAUUCCCAGCAGUUGCAGCCUCAAAAUUUUUAACAAUCAGGAGUUUGCUCAGCUUCUGGCUCAAUCUGUCAACCAUGGGUUUGAAGCAGUAUAUGAGCUCACCAAAAUGUGCACCAUUCGAAUGAGUUUUGUCAAGGGCUGGGGAGCAGAGUAUCACCGGCAGGAUGUUACCAGCACCCCGUGUUGGAUCGAGAUUCAUCUUCAUGGGCCUCUUCAAUGGCUGGAUAAAGUCCUUACUCAGAUGGGCUCCCCUCUGAACCCCAUAUCUUCUGUCUCAUAGUGCAGAAGUAUUCUUUUCAGUUAUAUUACUAGUGGACUUGUUUUAAUUUUAGAGAACUUCAGUACGGAUACUGUGAGCUUACAUGGAAAACAGAUAUUACAGCCUAUUUUUUUCUACAUAAUUGUGACCAAUAUGUUUGUAUUCUGGGAUGAAUCUACAUUUGUUUGUAUUCAUGUUCAUAUGAUUAAUUCUCAAAAGUGUUGUGAAAUAUGCAGAGUAAGUAUUAAGCCCCAUUUCAUAAGUUUGGCAUUGAUCUUAAACUGGAACAUGCUUUUGCUUUAUUGUCUCAACAACUUAUUUGUUGUUUUGAGAAAGAAAUAUAUCACAUGAUAAAUUAUAGGAGGGUAUAUACAGUGAGAAGUAAGUCUUCCCCCUUAAUCUUGAAUUUCCAGAAGUUGUUCUCUUACCAGUUUCUUUGUCCUACCUACAUAAAAAAAAGUAAUACUAAGUCAUUGUUUUGCAAAAGCAUAUGGUAGGGGCUUAAAAGAAACUAUAAAUUAAAAAAAAAAAACUUCAUUUGAAGGAACACUAUGCACUGCUCUAACAGGUAGUGUUCAUUCAGUAGAGGAAAGUGAUAGUUUUCUAGAUGACAUCAUGAAAUGUACAUUAAUAUAGCUAAAUGUUUCUAAGUGUAAUGUGAGUUCAUGCUACUUAUCUUUUGUAAAACAUUUCCUUUUUAAAAAUUUACUGCAAAUAACUGAUCUUCAGUAUAUGCCAUUUACUCAAAAUCUGUCAAGUACUACUUUAUAACUAGUGACAGUGCAUGCACGGCCUCGUUCAGCUAUGUUCGCUGCUUUUGGCCAAUGUUGCAAAAAACUCUAAUUUUGACAUGCAUUAAUCUUUUAUUUGCACUUUUAUGGGUGACAGUUUUUAGCUUAACUUUUGAUAAAAUACACUCAAGUGACUUGGACUUAGAUGUUUAUCUUACUUCCUUGGUACCCCUUUUGUAUUAACAAAAUACUGUAGUUUGUAGACUACAGUUGGAGGAAAUUAUGCUUUUUCUAUUUUUGUUUUAUUUUCAGCCUAGAUUAUAAGACUGCUAUUCCAUAGGUCCAACUUAAGGUGCCUUUUUAAUUCUCUACAGUUAUGGGUGUUGUUAAUUUUGGAAAAUCAUAUACUUAAUAUUCUUGCCUUCGAUCAGUCUCCUUUUGCAAGGCUUUAUGCACUCUAGCCAUAGUAGGUUCUUCAGUUGGGCCCCAAGGAGGAGGUUACUAGUCUGAUACAUAAAUAAAUCAGCAGUAGAUGUUUGAGUAGCUCAUUUUAAAAAAUUCACAUAUCAAAGAAUAUAGACUGUUCUCUCAUUUACCAUCAAUGCUUUUUAACCAUUUUUAAAGUAUCUGUGUGUGUGGUAGUCCCCCAGAAUCUUCAGAGAGGGAAGAAAUGAAAAACUCUAAUAAAAUAUCAGAUUAAUCAGUUAUACCUUUGGCUUUUGUUAAAGGACUCUUAAUUAGUAUUUCUAGGGAACAGUCAAAUGAACACUUAGUUAUAGCAGGAGAAUGAUGAGAUUAUUUUGAAGGAAAAAAAUUAAUUUUCCUAUCAGAAGCUUUAUUUUCUAGUGCCUUUUCAAAGUAUAUGAGCUGUGUUAUUCUCCUGUUUAAAACGUUAGUUUGGUUUUACUUUCUUCUUUGCCCUUUCUGCUUUUAUGAGGAAAAAAAAAAGUGCAUUUUUUUGAGGAAAGGAUUAUGCCGUUCCUUUUGUUGUCUGUGUCAUUAUUUAUUGCUUUUUCAAAGUGCAGCCAAUGGGUGGUUUAAGUUCCUUUGGAUAAAGUGCCAUUUGUGUUUGAGCUCACAGUCCUUUGCUAGGUAAAACGGAUAGUUUCUGGACAGUCACCUGAAUUUUAUGCUUAAGUGUUACAUGUGGAUUCUCAAUCUCCUGAGUUGUGCACCUACAUGAAAGAGAAUUAUUUUCUUGGUGGUAGAAUUUAGGUAUUUUCAUCAUUCUUCUCCUUAACAACUUUAUGGGACAAUCUUAGGGAGGGGAAAAUAAAUCAUUCAAGUCGAAUGACUGAUAUGUAUAAUCAAUUUCAGUGGGCAGUAUUAAACUAGUGGAAACUAUUGAAUUGUUUAUUGGUGUUUUCAACUGAAAAUUACUUGAAAAUUGUUUUUACUUGUGGUCAUGAUGUCAUAGCCAUUAGCUUAACAAGAUUUUAUGUGGUUGGCCUUCCAUUUGUUUUAUCUGAGGACUUGUGUCUUUUGAAUGACUAUUCUGAAGCUUUUAACUGUUAGAAGAGUUGCAUGGAGAAGUAUACACCUGUUAUCUUACCUAAAGUUGUCAACUCCACAUCCCUAGACUUUUAGUGAAAACUUUAUUCAGUUCAGCUGCUCUUAUAUUGCUUAAGAAUGGCCAUA